AUGCAGAUGCCCGGAAGAGUUUACGAAACUUAUGGACAGUCAGUGCGUCCUUUGCAUCAGGACUAUGCCACCUCUUCUUCAAAACCGAGCACCGGGAAAUCCUUCACUAUAGACUCUCUGCUCGCGAGGCCUGAUCAGGCAGAGAUAAGAGAACGAACAAGCGCGUACCGGAGCAUAACCAACCAAACGCCUGUCUCCAGCUCCGCGCUCCCGUUUGUUUACUCACAGAUGCCACACUUUGCGUACAGCCAGAGCAUCAUGCAGACUCAGACAGGCUGUCCCGUGUUCUGCUACCCGCCCUACAACUUCCAAACAACAUGUCGUGGAGCCGUGUACGCACAAGACGCAGUACUGGCGAAAGCAGCGGUUCAUUCUCAUUACAAACACAAAUCUGGGAAAUCGAAGCGAAUGCGCACAAGUUUCACCAACGAUCAGCUGUCCAGACUGGAGAAAGAGUUCGCGCGGCAGCAGUACAUGGUGGGAUCUGAACGCUUUCUGUUGGCAUCUGCUCUCCAACUCACUGAAGCUCAGGUUAAAGUCUGGUUCCAGAACAGGCGCAUCAAAUGGAGAAAGCAGAGUCUUGAGCAACAACAAGCCAAACUUGCCAAACUGGGACUCACCGUUCCACCAAAAAGCCCUGGGUCCCAGGGCAGAGAGGAUGAGGAAAGGGAUUUCACAGAAGAGUCUGAUGUAGACAUUGACAUCGACGAUUCACUGCAAGACUGA